GCCCUCCCUUCCCCUCCCCCCAGAGUCAGCCGGUGUCCGUCCCCGCCUCGGCCGACGCCGGGUCCUCGUGGCCCCUCCGGGAAAGCAAAGAUGAACGUGAUCGACCACGUGCGGGACAUGGCGGCCGCGGGACUGCACUCCAACGUGCGGCUCCUCAGCAGCCUCCUCCUCACUAUGAGCAACAACAACCCUGAAUUAUUCUCUCCAUCUCAGAAGUACCAGCUUUUGGUCUACCAUGCAGAUUCUCUCUUUCACGAUAAAGAAUAUCGGAAUGCUGUUAGCAAGUACACGAUGGCCCUCCAGCAGAAAAAGGCCUUAAGUAAAACAUCCAAAGUGCGACCUUCCACGGGCAGUGCUGCUUCAACUCCUCAGAGUCAGUGUCUUCCAUCUGAAAUUGAAGUGAAAUACAGAAUGGCUGAGUGUUACACGAUGCUAAAACAAGACAAAGAUGCAAUCGCUGUCCUUGAUGGGAUCCCCUCCAGACAGAGAACCCCUAAAAUAAACAUGAUGCUAGCCAACUUGUACAAGAAGGCAGGUCAGGAGCGCUCUUCUGUGACCAGCUACAAAGAGGUGCUGAGACAGUGCCCGCUGGCUCUGGACGCCAUUCUUGGUUUAUUGUCCCUUUCUGUAAAAGGUGCAGAAGUGGCGUCCAUGACAAUGAAUGUGAUUCAGAGCAUUCCUAACUUGGACUGGCUUUCAGUGUGGAUCAAAGCGUAUGCCUUUGUACACACUGGGGACAACACCAGAGCUAUCAAUACCAUCUGUUCUCUAGAGAAAAAGUCCUUAUUGAGAGAUAACGUGGACCUACUGGGGAGCUUAGCAGAUCUGUACUUCCGGGCUGGAGAUAACAAAAACUCCAUUCUCAAAUUUGAACAGGCCCAGAUGUUGGACCCCUACCUGAUAAAAGGAAUGGAUGUCUAUGGAUACUUACUAGCACGGGAAGGACGGCUCGAAGAUGUCGAGAACCUGGGCUGCCGCUUAUUUAAUAUUUCUGAUCAGCAUGCUGAACCAUGGGUGGUGUCUGGCUGUCAUAGUUUCUAUAGCAAACGAUACUCUCGGGCCUUGUAUUUAGGAGCCAAGGCUAUUCAGCUCAAUAGUAACAGUGUCCAAGCUUUGCUGCUGAAAGGUGCAGCCCUUAGAAAUAUGGGCAGAGUGCAGGAAGCCAUAAUCCACUUUCGGGAAGCCAUACGCCUUGCCCCUUGUCGCCUGGACUGUUAUGAAGGUCUCAUUGAAUGUUAUUUAGCCUCUAACAGCAUUCGAGAGGCAAUGGUAAUGGCCAACAAUGUCUAUAAAACCCUCGGAGCCAAUGCACAAACCCUCACCCUUUUAGCCACUGUGUGUCUUGAAGAUCCAGUCACCCAGGAGAAAGCAAAGACCCUGCUGGACAAAGCCCUGACCCAGAGGCCAGACUACAUUAAAGCGGUGGUGAAGAAAGCAGAAUUACUUAGCAGAGAACAGAAAUAUGAAGAUGGCAUUGCUUUGCUGAGGAAUGCGCUGGCCAAUCAGAGUGACUGUGUGUUACAUCGAAUAUUGGGCGACUUCCUGGUGGCUGUCAAUGAGUAUCAGGAAGCUAUGGACCAAUACAGUAUCGCUCUCAGUCUGGAUCCCAAUGACCAGAAGUCUCUAGAGGGGAUGCAGAAGAUGGAGAAGGAGGAGAGUCCCACCGACGCUACCCAGGAGGAGGACGUGGACGACAUGGAAGGAAGCGGGGAAGAGGGGGACUUGGAGGGCAGUGACAGCGAGGCGGCGCAGUGGGCCGACCAGGAGCAGUGGUUUGGCAUGCAGUGAGGCCGCUGACCUCCCCUCGGAGCAGAGCUGGGGGCAGCGUCAUCUGGCAAGAAGACCGCCACCUUGUCUCAGCGGGGAAUUUGGUUUUCUCACUCUGUUCUCAGUAGUAACUUCGUUUUUGAAAACUGAGCCUGCCGAGCUCUCCAGAUCUCCGUCCCCUCCCUGCUCUCACCACGAGCAGUCUGGGAAGCAUGCAGGCGUGCUUGAGCUCUGGGACAAACUGUGGUCUUUGUGCACUUUGGUUCUCAAUGUCUGACUGAGUAAGAUGCUUCAUAGGGAAUGUGGCAGCAUGGUGGAGGGGAGGUGCACUCCUGCUCGUUCCUGAAGGCAGUGCAGGUUGGCCCUUCAAAAAAUUUCCCGUUUGCUGACAACUCCAGUGGGCUGUUGAAGAUCUCCCUUUUGAUUUUGCUUCUUUCUGCAGUGUGGGUGAUGCCUUAAACUGAAACUUGAUAUUUUGCAAACAUUUUCCUAUUUGAUAACCUAACAGCCUGCCUCUAGAGCCCAGGCCAUGAUCUUCGUUAUUGGCUGUAGCUUAUCAUAGAACAGUGAAUAGGAGCCCCUUUUCUUGAGAUUUCUGGCUCUUCAUUUGCUGUAAUUGCAGAAUAAAGCCACUUUUUGGGUACAGUAAUGGAAUUCCUCCGGCUGAAACGAAAGCCACCCUGCAGUUUUUGUUAUUUCUUUUGUCCUAUUCUGUCUGGUCUCCAGGAAUAGCUGGAAAAUGAAUUUUUUUGUUAAAGGUUUUAAAAUUAUGCUGCCUCA